GCGAGUGCACUCGUCCUAGCUUCGAAUAUGUUCGAAGGAGGAUUCAUAGGAAUUAAUUUCCUAGUUUUCGUGGGAGCAUAUGCUUUCCUCCAAUUUUUGAUAGACAACCUAAAAUCACCGUUCGAAAUUUUGUGCAGUUUGAUUUGCCGAAGAAAUAAACCACUCAGUGAGCGAUACGGAAAAUGGGCAGUUGUGACAGGUUCAUCCGAUGGCAUCGGAAAGGAAUACGCCAAAAAUUUAGCUCGCAAAGGAAUGAAUUUGGUGCUGAUUUCGAGGACUGCAUCCAAGCUUGAAAGGUUGGCUAAAGAUCUCCGGGACAAAUUUGGAGUUGAGGUUAAGUGUCUUCCGGUGGACUUUGGUGAAGGACCUCACAUUUAUGAUGGGAUACGUAAGGAACUGGCAGGCAUGGAUAUUGGCAUAUUGGUCAACAAUGUUGGGAUACUUCAUUCACAUCCAGUCGCGUUCGAAUCGUUAGCAAUGCACGAAAUUGAACAAACAAUUGCCAUCAAUGUGUGUUCCACGGUGAAACUGAUCCACAUGGUUCUACCGGAAAUGAAACUUCGACGACGUGGUAUCGUAAUAAAUAUCAGUUCCUCCUCCGGGUUCGCUGCCAUUCCGUACAUGCAAACGUAUUCUUCCUCGAAGGUAUUCGUGAACUUUUUGACGCUGAGUUUGCAACAGGAACUUCGAGGCACCGGAGUUGAAUGUCAGCUCGUUACACCGAUGCUUGUGAACACCAACCUUAGCCUGAAGUGGCGUAAGGUCCAAUACUGGAACCUAGUAUCAGUUGGGGUGAGACCGUACGCUAGGAUGGCCGUUUGGCUGAUAGGACGAACCACUUUCACAUCCGGCCAUUGGUACCAUGGGAUACAGAUCACACUAUUCAAAAUACCUCCAGCAUGGUUAAUAACCAGGAUUCUAGCGGUUCUACCGAAAUGGCUUCUAACCAGAUCCAACAUCAGCUUCUGAUGAGAACGUAUAUAUUUCAUUUUUUUUUAUUAGCCAGAAGCAACAUCGUAAUUCGAAUCAGAUUUCGAAACAACGCACGCCGCUCGUUCAUCCCUCCAUCCCUUCUGCAUGCAGAGAAAUUUCCUUCGAUUGUUCAAUUGUUGCAAACAGCUCAGUGAAGUUUUAGUUUUAAAUUGGCUAACAAGAAUGCUCAGUGUUCAAAACUAGAGCAAAAGUGUUUUUUGCAAUUGCGACCACCUGCCAUGUUUUCAAAUACGCUGAUUUGUUUAUUAGAAAAUAUUGGCGUUUAAGCCUAGCUGCUACCGAGUUCAUAGUUAAACAAGAGGUUUUGUUUUCAGUAAGUUUUAUUUGAUAUAAAAGUACACUUGAAGCAGUGGAAUGUCAGAUGUGCUUUAAGUACGAUUCAGACGGUAUGCCGUUUUCCGGUAACGUCACCAUUUGUAUGAAUUGGUACAAUACUUUGCAUUCUACCGUUCCCGAAAGAAGUCGUUUCGUGCUUUCCAAUCGUCUGCAUGAGAAUUACAUACAACCGAUGACAACGUUCAGUAAAGGUAACGACAAUAUGACGGCACGUGUGAAUCAAA